AUUAUUUAUGAUAUAAUACGAGGUAGUCUAGUCUAUUGAAUAUUGAGACGGAACAAAAACUGUGAUAUACCAGGUGGUAGGUACUUGCACAGCUCAAGUCACCCAUUACAGACAGACCUAGAAGUCUACAUUCAAUCCUUUUUGGGUAGCCUGUCCUUUCCACUGCUUCCGCCAUGUGCAGCGACCUCUGGAUUGCUGUUGUACAUGUCGAUGGCUUCCUGCAUGGUGGGUGCCUUGGCCGAUGCACCCUUUGAGCUCAGGCCGCUUAAGAUCAUGCUCCAUUCAUAGCUGGACACGGCCUGCUUUUUGGCAUCAACGUUCUGUUUGAUGAUUCUGCGGAUCAUUCCCGCAGCCUCAUCCACAGGACCACUCCUGUGAAAUGUAGGUAUCGCAAGCAAGCUUCGGCACAGCUCCACCAUAGGGGUAGAUGUAAGCUCCUCCUCCUUCAGUGUGAGGCCAUGGUAGAGAAGGCUGCACCAAACCACAGCACAUGCCAGCCCCCGCAUGCCACCAUCAUCAAAAUACAGGUAGUUGUGCGCAGGGUCCCCAGCAUUGAUGCUAUUGUGAGGCGGCAAUCGCAUCCCAAGGACUUCACCCUUGGCACAUCUCGCCAUCCCACUAGAGCAACGCUCUUGGCUAUGUCGAGCACUGUGGCCAUAUCUGGAAGCCUCCAGAAGCUGUCAUUGGCGAUAGCCGUGCCGGCCUUGAUGGACCAGGUUGAUCCAAUCCUUCAGUUCGAUGAAGAUGCGGCUUCCAGUUGGCGAGGAGGGCAACCAGCGCUGCCAGGCGCGCAAGCUCCUAUCGAUAGAGGAAUGAUGCACGUUGUGGUGGACACAUCCGAUCGCGCCCAGGUAGCCCGAUCAAAGUUCUGAUCCUGAUCAGAUAUGGGAAAGCCUACCAAGGGUGCAUGGAAGGUGGUUUGCGACAUGAAUAUUCUCCUUCAUUACUAUUACUAUCCAUACCACAGAUCCAUAGGUUAAAUAAUAAUAAGUGUUCAAGACUGGCGAUGUGCUGCUGGCAUAUCGACGAUUGGAAUCAACAACUUAGGCUAAACCAUCAAAGAUUCCACUUGGAUGACCGCCAACUGCUUCAUAGCAUCAAAUCCUUUUGUGGUGGCCAUGUCCUCCAUGGCCACUGCCAGAAUACAUAUCUCCCGGUCGCUGCAUCCAUCCACAAGCUGUUUGAGCGUACGAACUCGGCCCUCAAGCUUCACCUGGGGAUUGAGUGGGAACCCACAAUGAAAUUGGUUUGAUCGACUAGCAUAGGCACACUUUGCAACAGGGACUUGAACACAUGUUGUUCCCAGGGUGAUUUUGAGAAUCCCCGCCUUCCCAUAGAACUCACAUUGUUGUUCAAAGCCCUCCUUCCACUUCAUUUGCCCAGCGUCCCCCUUCUUGGAUCUUGUUGGAGCCCUACCUUUGGUGUCCGUACGAUUUGGGCAAAGAUCCACACACUUGUCCAGCAGAACGUUGCACCGCUGAAAGCGAUUGAUAUCCGAGGUGAGCUCAUCAGCAGAACACUGGACUUCCGACUGAAGGUGGCAAAGAAGCCAGGAAACCUGGUUGCCAAGUACUGCCAGAAGCAAAGAUGGUGAAGCAGUCCCGGAUGCGCCCGCACCUGGCAGUGGCCGGCUGUUUGACUUGAC